AUGAAAUUCCUGGAAAUCCUUAAAAAGUUGCAUGUCAACAUCCCAUUCACUGAUGCCAUCCUUCAAAUCUCAAACUAUUAUAAGUUUUUGAAGGAGAUACUGAAUAAAAAGAGGAAGAUGCCCAAGCAUGAAAUGAUAACACUAUCUGAAGAGUGCAGCGCGAUCAUCCAGCACAGGAUCCCUUCCAAACUUAAAGAUCGAGGGGGAACAAUCGAGGACAUGCUCAUUAAGAUGGGAGAAUUUAUUUUUCUAGCUGACUUUAUCAUUCUAGACAUAGAAGAGGCAUCCCAAAUUCCAAUAAUACUAGGAAGGUCAUUCCUGUCAACAAGUCAGGCAUUACUUGAUUUUAAUACAAACGAGAUAGUCCUGAGGGUGGAGGAUAAGCAACAAAGCUUCACCAUGGAGAAUCCAAUCAAGCAUCCAUCAUAUUUUGAGGAUUGCCAACGAGUUGAUCACUGGAAGAGUUACAAAGGCUAG